AAAAAAAUAGCCACCUUUUGGUUGUGUGUUGUCUCUCCACGCUUUAUUUUUUCUCAUUUCCUUUUUUGGUUUCUUCAUUUCUUCUCUCUUUCCUCCUUCCCUUUAGCACUCUUCCUCUUUUCCUAACACUACUCAACCACCAGUUCCUUUCCCCCUCUUCUUUCUCUUUUUGUCUCCUUCAUCUUCUCAAGAGAAAACUUUAACUUUGUGUGGUACACUACAGGCACAGUUAGAUUUUGACUUUGUUUCAUACAUCUUUCUGUUUGAUUAAUUCUAUGGUUUUCUGGGUCAGUGGAUAUUGGAAAAUGACUUGAAGAGUGAAAAAAAUAGAUAUAAACAAAUAUGAGAACCCUUUGUGAUGUUUGUGAAAGUGCUGCUGCUAUACUAUUUUGUGCUGCUGAUGAGGCUGCUCUUUGUCGUGCUUGUGACGAAAAGGUCCAUAUGUGCAACAAGCUUGCAAGUCGACAUGUAAGAGUUGGGCUUGCUGACCCCAGUAAAAUCCAACGUUGCGACAUAUGUGAAAAUGCACCUGCUUUCUUUUAUUGUGAGAUCGAUGGAAGUUCCCUUUGUUUGCAAUGUGAUAUGAUUGUCCAUGUUGGAGGUAAAAGAACCCAUGGAAGAUAUCUCCUUAUAAGGCAGAGAAUUGAGUUUCCAGGGGAUAAAUUGGGCCCUUCAAAUGAACUAGGAUUGCCAUCUACUGAACAAGGUGAUGUAAGGAGGGAGCCCGCACAGCCCUUUAAGCUCCCUAUGAUGGACAACCACCAACCAAAUAGGGACACUGCUAAGGCAGCACUAGAAAAUAAUGUGAAUAGUAGUGUGAAAAUGGAGAAUGAGUUGAUUGACCUUAACUCCAGACCUCAAAGGAUGCAUGGUCAAUCGUCAAAUAAUCAGGAACAAGGAAUGGACAUGCUUAGUGGCAGCAAUCAUGAGUCAGUCGGCCUGGUUCCUGAUGGACCCUUCAAACGAGAGCCAGAGAAGUGAUCAAGAUGUGAGAUUGCUGCUGCCCUUCCAAAAUUCAAACUUGAAUUAUGAAUUGGAGUUGCCGGCCCUAGCUGAGUUCUGUAUAAUGUCAGAGCUUUAAGCAAGGCGAAGCGUUUGAACUAGUCAUGACCAAGUUGAGUUUUCUCUUGGAGUGAAAGAGCACUCUGAAGUUCAUUAUUCAACCACUUCCAUGCCUAUAUUUCAAGAAGAAGAUCAGAAAGAAGUUCUGCCAUCUUUCUUUGAGGAGAGGAUAAGGCUGCAAUCACCACAUUUACCUCUGUAUUUUCUUGUACUGAGUAAUGGGAAAAACAAUCUUUACAGAUUCAAGAUGAACUGGGACACUUAUGUAGUGGUGUCAUUCAUUUUAUUGCAGUUUGUAGUCAUGAAUGAACUUUUUAGUCUCAUCUGGUUUGUAUUUGUCUCUGUA